GAAGUUGUUCUAGAUGUGAAUACAGUGAUUGUAAAGCUGUCCUAUUCUAGGCGUUUAAGAUGCCUUGACAAAAAUUUGACCUCAAAGUUGAGAUCAGUUCAAAAAACCAGAGAAUUUGCUAUAGCAGUUUUCAUUUAGUUCCCAAAUGCAGUGAUGGUCUUUUCCAAGUUCCAACCAAGCUUCGUUUUCAUCCAAAUCAGUUUGCUUUUUCUUAAGGCAGGUAAGUUUCAAAAGGUUAUGCCAAGUACUCUUUCCCCACACACUUGAAGGAAUCCAAGCCCAUCAGAUUAGGUUAGCAAACACACUAAGAUGUAUGAAGUCUUAUCCAAGCCGUUCACUUGUCAAAACAUCAGGGAUGGUGGGUAGCUAAACGCAUUCUUUCUUUCCACUCAGCCAUUUGGGGAAUAGACAUGUUUGACUGACCCUAAAGUUUAUUCAGGUUUAGAGAUGAUAGUCAUGGUUACUGAUCAAAGACUCCAGCUUCCUAUCUCUACAUUCAUGUGAAUCAUGUUUUCCUCUGUAGAUCCAUCAACAUCAUCAUCUAUCUUAACAAGUGCUCUGCAAGGAUUUACAGGUGAUAUCAUGAUAUUGGGUUUUUAAUCAUUCUUCUUUCUUUAUAGCAGUAGAAAAGCAUAGAUAUUGUUUGUAGAGACCAUAGGAACGCUUUUCAGAGCUAUGGAGCUUUUGGAUGAAUAGGAGGUUCAACUUCAAGGUUUUAUGUGAUGGGUACACCUGAAUAUCCACCAACGGUCUUCACAUUCUUCAAUUUUUCAGACUGUGAGCAGAGUCUGUGCACACCCUUCUGUCCAGACAAGUGUCUGCCAUUUCCUCCACCGCCCCCUUUUGAGAUUCUGGAGCAUGAUUCAGACCCCAACUUCUCUCCUCUGGUUAUAGCCAUAAUUGGGAUACUGGCCAGCACUUUUUUGCUUGUAAGCUAUUAUACCAUAGUUGCCAAGUAUUGUACUAAUUGGGAGUCUUUGAGAAGAAGGCUGCGGAGGAGUGGCAAUGAUACUUUUGAUGAUGAUGACAGUCAGGUUGCCCCAAAUGAUUCUUGGCCUUUGGUCACAACUGGGCUUGAGGAAUCUGUUAUCAGAUCCAUACCCGUUUGUAAAUUCAAGAAGGGUGAUGGACUGGUGGACUGCACUGAUUGUUCUGUUUGUCUCAGUGAGUUUCAAGAAGAUGAGAGCGUUAGGUUAUUGCCCAAAUGCAACCAUGCUUUUCAUUUACCUUGCAUUGAUACUUGGUUACAGUCACACUCCAAUUGUCCCCUCUGCAGAGCAUAUAUUGUGAGCCCUCCGGCAGAAAAUAGAAUUUUAGUUUCUCCAGAGGAGCCAGAUUCUAGUCCUCCACCUAGUGAUAAUCAAGAGCCAAAUCUGAGGGAGGAAGCCAGGUCUAAUUCCUCCAGGUGUAAUUUAUCAAGGGCUAAUUCAUCCAGGCGUAAUUUAUCAAGGGCUAAUUCAUUAGCCAAUUUGCCUCAAGUGCAUGAGACUGGUUCAAGCGAAGUCGUGGAUAGGAAGGAGGAAUCAGAUAGGAUUGAAAAGGAGAAUCAAGUAUUCAAGGCAUUGGCAUCACCACGAUUUCGAGCUCUGAGUGAUUUGGCAAGCAAGCACAGAGUGGAUGAUAGUAUAACUGAGUUCACGGGAGAAUUGCAGCCCAUUAGGAGAUCAGUCUCAUUGGGUUCAUCCAACAGGUUCUGUAUAUCAAUCAAUGAUCUGAUGGCCAUGCAAGUGGGUUUUGAACAUGGAGAUCCAAAUGCCUUAGAACAAAAUGCGGCUCCUCCUGAAUCUUCUUCCUCACAUAGGAAGACCCAUGACCAUGAGUUUUUACUCAAAGGUUUUGGCAAGCAUUUGGGUCAGUACCAGAACAAAUAUAAAGUUCCAGGUGAGGUUUCGAAGAGUGGAAUUUUGCACAAUUUGAAGGGGCCAUUUACCAUGAAGAGGUCCUUUUCUGGUCGCAAGUUUUUUCUCUCCAGGCAUAACAGAAGCAGAAAUGCUAUCCUACCCAUAUAACUCUUGUGGCUUGGGAUGGUGUGCAGAGGCCUUUGAUUGCUCUGACUAUAUCAAAUAAUGGGUAAGUUGCAAGCUACAAUUUUGCAAGAUAAUGUUUCAGAAAGUUUUCUUUUUAGGGCAUACAUGCUUGCAAAAAUCCAGUGUAGAAGUCUUUGGAAGUGUACAUUGAAUUUAGAAAGGGAUUGCUCUACAUUGGACAGACUUACCGUAUAGUUAUUUUGGCCCCCCUAUAGAUCCAAGUUGUAUGAUAAGUACUGUUGUGAGAUAAAUAAACAAAAACCCUGGAAAGAUUGCAUCUGAGGUAUUCAUGCUAUUCAUGUAUGAUUCUUUACUGGCUUCUCUUUUGGAUGUGAUUACUGUGCCUAUCUUGGACGUGCAAUUCACUAGUCCAAUUGGGCACAGAUGCAUGUUGUAGUCCUUGGUUGGUGAUGUUUUUAUGCGGCUCUAAUAAAGCUUCACUGGUAUGAAAUGUAGCUUAAUGUCCAUAACCAGGGGAUUGCAUAUUGUAUUUAUUAAAAUAUGUGACUAAAAUAAGGCAUGCCUAUUUCCCUGGAUGCUGUUUAUUCAAAUGUUGCAUACAUGCAAUAAGAUUGGGAUUAUUAUCUUGUGUUGUCUA